GCUAGGCUGUAGCUACCUUGCGCGUCUACAUACAUAUACUCAAUUACUUGCGGCGGUUCAUACAACAAUACCUCCUUCAACUACCUCAGACAACAUCAUACAAAACCUAUCACCGUCUAAGCAAGUACUUCAAAAUGGAGGUACUAUUAGGAAUCACCGGCAAGGACUUCACAUUAAUCGCAGCUUCUAAAGCUGCGAUGCGAGGAGCCACCAUCCUCAAGGCUUCCGAUGACAAGACACGAUCACUGAAUAAGCAUACACUUGUUGCCUUUUCUGGAGAGGCUGGCGACACAGUCCAAUUCUCCGAGUACAUCCAAGCAAAUGCCCAGCUCUACUCUAUGCGGAACGAAACCGACUUGUCUCCUACGGCGCUCGCACAUUAUGUACGUGGAGAACUCGCCUCGAGCUUAAGAUCGAAGAAGCCGUACAAUGUCAACCUCCUACUAGGAGGUGUUGACCCCAUCACCCACAAGCCCAGCCUAUUCUGGCUGGAUUACCUAGCAGCUCUAGCUUCCGUUCCCUACGCCGCACACGGUUAUGCACAAUACUACUGUCUAUCGAUUCUAGACAAGCAUCACCACCCCGAUAUGACACUGGUCCAGGGUAUCAAGGUACUUGAGAUGUGCACGGACGAACUCAAGCGACGUUUACCUAUUGAUUUCAAGGGCAUGACAGUGAAGGCGGUUACGAAGGAUGGCAUUAGGGAGAUCGAGUUCAAUGAUGAUAAGGUUGUCAAAAGCGCAUAAGAGGGGCUAGUCUUCCUUUCCUGGCUGGUGGACGUAUGUGUAACAACAAUAUUAGGACGUUAGGCUAGGUGAGAUACCACACGACAGCCUAAUAAUCAAGUCGCAGGCCGGCCUAAGAGCCUGUUGCAUCUGCGAUUGUCUAACAUGGUAUUCCUUUUUUUUUUCCUUUUCUUUUUAACUGUUGCAUAUGUGAUCAGAGGUCUCGCUCGUUGGACUGUUAUAGGCUAAGGUAACAUUUCGGGUUGGGGUUAUCAAGAAGUAAUCUCGCUCUUCCACAGAGCGCACCAACCCACCAUUUACCCAAUCCGAGUAUUAUUGGCAAAUGGUAAGGCUACACAAAGAACAUAUAUCUCGUACUUAUAAGACCCUAUUUCGGGUAUUCUUGAAUUGUGUCCUGCUUGCUCAAUCCAGACAUCGCUAUUCCUUUCGUGUCCUGUAUCCAGUUUGACUCUCAUGGUCAUACUUGGCAAUUAGCAACUGCAUGUAUGUACUGGUUGAAUAGUUGAACUGUCAUUUUAUUUAUACGAUGGCCCCGUCAAGCGGUGUAUUUUACUUUGGGCGGUGAGAUUACUUCUGCAUGAUGCUACGCCUUUCACCAUGCAGGCAAGCUUCCUAUUGGAACGCUGUAGCCUUGUUGCAGCGGAGUUACAUUCGCCUUUCCCUGCUAACCUUGC